CCAAAAUGGAACUUUCAUGUCCCCAUGGUAACAGAGGAGAUGUUGUAUGACAGUCAGUGGAAGGCCAUGAAGUCAUAUAUAUCUGAUGUUGGCAGCCUGGAUAUCAACUUCAGUGUCUUCAUAUAUGGUAGGAAGCCUCAGAGUUUGAUUGGUGGAAAAGGUAGCCAUGUUGUAUCCAAAUGGCAGGGUGGUGACGGUCAUCCCUUCAUCGCAUGCCACGCUACUGGAAUCUCACAGGAAAUUCAUUGACUCGCUACCUCAUGAAAACAGUCUUGUUUUCUGCCAAGAUUUAUCGCCUGUCCUUGUCAAUGAAAUGUACACAAAACCGGAAAUGUUCAAAUUCCAGGUGCUGGGACUGGAUGUAUUCCAUCAGAUGUUAUCACUGGGUGAUACAUACCUAUAUUACCUGGGUCAGAUUCUCACAAUGGCAGAGACAACAUUCCUGGAGAUUCCUCAUUUUGACCAGCUCACCUUUGCCCAAGUUAUCCUCGGAGGCAACACAUCAGCAGUUCCAGCCCAGGGGCUGAUAGUGGAUGCACUUGCCCUUGUGGGGGCCGAGGCAGAAAGCCUACAGACCCUGAGAGUUGUUGUGCAGGAGGAGAUCCACAGUCUCAUCAUCAGGAUCAAACUCAGGUCCAUGCAGAGGAAGGUGCAGAUUGGCUGUGAUAAGACUCCUGGUACCCUCACCCUGCUCCCAGAUGGCGCUGUGUCUCUCCAGAUGGAAACUGUUGAUACUUUCUACACAGUCUCACGUAACAAAGUGUCUGUCGGUUUGGACCUACUUCUAAAACUUGAACCUCAACCUCAGGAAAGGGCCAUGCUGUUCCAAAAGUACUUGGAGCUCCCCAUCUACCCAGACAUGUGCCCCGCCCACUUGGUGUGGGGUGGUCAUCAGCUGAUGUACCAGCCUGUCACGGAGGAUGUGAAACCAGCGCUGCUCCACACACAAGGGGGAACCCGGGAGUCCGACAUGACACAGGGAACAACAGCCUUGCUGGUCCAGGAGAUGGAAAGAGAGUCCUUCUCCUUCCUAGAUUACAACAGCAUAGACAAUAUUGGAGUUCAGCUGGCACUACAGUACCCCAACAGCACGUUCGUGAGCCUGGUGUCAGCUUCCGAUACUGCCGACACCAUCCUCCAGGGCCUGCAGGAGAGGAACAUCACCAACCUGGUGCUAAAUGUCAUGCCCCUGGACUCCACUCUGGUGACAAAACUCAUGAAGUGUCCGGACUUCCUCCGAUACCAGUAUCUAGGUUAUGAUGAGAUUCUUGGGCUGAUGAAGAGGGUGAUACGGCCCAACUUUGAUCUCCUGAUUGGACAGGUGAUAGCUACAGGUGUGACGUCCUUCAUACAGGUGCCAUCUGGCAAGAUUCUGUCCCUGGCAACAGCAACUUUUUACCCAGAGGAAUUCCUGCAGCAAGAUCAGCAGCAGAUCAGCCAAUCUCAACUGUUUCAAGCAGACAGACAUCCAGUAACACAGUUCCGCAACGUUGAGAACCAGUUUCUGUUCCAGAGUGCCAAGGCUGAUGUUGAUAUCGAGGUAGCUGCCAACGUCCUCUCACCUCAGGCUCUUUCUGAUGGAGCUCAGUUGCCAUGGAAACUGGUUAGAGUUGACAUCAAGCGACUGAAGUUGGAGGUGGAUCACCACUUUGACUACAACCUGGAUGGCCACUCCAGGAAGUACACACUACACUGUAUCGGCCACAACAGCUCCAGCUACACUGUCUACCUCGUCCGCAAUACUGAUGGCUUCAAAAUACCAUAUGGCACUGUCAAUGCUGUGUCUCUCAUUGCACUGUUGAGGAUGGGUCUUGUCUCUCCCAUCAAGGAGAGGUUUUACUCCGAGUUUCUCCAGCUGCCACUAUUUGAAGACAUGGCACCAUGGAAUAUCGUGUUUAGGGCAGGGAGGCUGGAAUACAUUGACUAUGACAGCUGCGAUCUCACAUUCAACAAGAUGUCCUCAGCAGCGUACCAGGUGAUGGCAAUGUUGAUGAACUUCAAGAGGACAGUGGAUGACUUUGGACAUUGCAAGUCAGAUGCAAAGACCCCCUAUGGCUUUAACCUCGUCUCCAGGUGUGUUGGGAGUGACUUCAAGGGACCUUGCACUGAUACCAAGUACCCAGUGCCGUGUGGCGACCAUACCUGUAGGGCAACUUUCAUAGACUGUCUGCUGGCCCUCCAAGCCCUGGAGCAGAGCAGCACAGGUGACCUUGUGUAA